ACAACCGAUAGACACCGGCGAGAAACACCCCUUUCUGGCCUUCCAUCACACCAGCCCGACCGCUCCCAGAGCACCCUCGAUAUAUCCAACCACUCCCCACUGCAUCCACAUCUUCAAAAUGCUCAAGAUAGAAGAGACCCCCCAGUCUACUACGACUCCCUCGCCACCUGCCAUGGCCACAACCCCAACCCAGGGCUCGGCUGCUCGCCGCCCCCCGCGCAAGAGCACCCUAACCCAGCAGCAAAAGAACCAGAAGAGGCAGCGUGCCACCCAGGACCAGCUCGUGACUCUCGAGGUUGAGUUCAACAAGAAUCCCACCCCCACAGCCGUCGUUCGCGAGAGGAUAGCACAAGACAUCAAUAUGACCGAGCGUUCGGUGCAAAUCUGGUUCCAGAACAGACGUGCCAAGAUAAAGAACAUUGCCAAAAAGAGUAUCGAGAAUGGCGAUGAUUGCAAUGACAUCCCCGAAUCGAUGCGCCGUUAUCUUCAAUUGCAAGCUAUGGAGUCCGGCAAGUCCUUGGGCGGCAGCCUAUUGGGUCGCGCCGGCGGUUCCAUGACCCCAUAUGGCAGCGGCAUGCUUCUCAAUACUGACACAAGCUCCUCCAAAGUUGUCAUUCACCACUUCGCAUGCCGCUCCCUGAGCAUUGGCUCAUGGCGACGAGUCGGCCAGAGUGCCAUGGAUCUUGUCAUCUUCUACUCACCCGAGAAAUGCUGCGUUACGUACUACAUCAACAACGACUCGGCAGGCUACAAGAUCGAGUAUCCCUUUGCUUACAUCAAGAACAUCACCCUGGAGAAUGGAGACAUGACGACCAACGCCGAGGGAGCCUCGCAACGCCCAGGAGGCCUUGUCGUGGAACUUAACCGCCCACCCAACUUCUUCAUGGACUCUUCUGGAUCCGGAGGCUUCUUCCAGUGUGGUGACUUCACAGAGGAUCAACAAGCCUCGCACACGAUGAUUCAUCAUCUCGGCGGUCACCCCAAGGUUCUCAGUGGCCAAUUGGCGAAGCUGGUUUCGUUGGAAUCGUUCCAAAACCGACAUAACAUCUACGACCACAACGUUAUCGCCGCGUCGGCGCCAGUCUCGCCCAUCAACCAUCGUCCCGCCUCGCAACCGAACCAUCUUGUCCACCCGAACAUGGGAAUGUUCCAAGAAGGUCCAUUUGCUCCCGGUGGUCUCCAUGCUCGCGGUCACAAACGCCAAAGGAGUCGAUCCGUUCCGGUUGCUGUCGAUUUCUCUAUGCUUCGAAAUCCUAUGCCUUCAUUCUUGAUGCCACCCGAGCCAUCGCCUUACAUUCCCAACCCGGAGAUCUUUGCACCUAUUCCACAGAGCGCUGGACCUAUCGGGCCCAAUCUGAGUAUCGAUACCUCGGCCGGAUACGGCAUGGAAUACCGACAGUAUCCUAUGUCGGCCACCACAGCCAACUCUCCUUCUGAGUAUGGAACACCGGCUUUCUUUACUUCUGGCCCACCGACAGACAACAUCCCUGCAUCGAAUUUCGGACAGCAGUACAACAUCCCUCCACCUUACAUCCACACUCCAAUGGGCCCACCACCUCACUCGGCAGCAGCAGUUUCUCCCAUGCCUCACAUGGGCCAUGCUGAUCCAGUGAUUGCCAACCAGUCCCCACCUCUUUCCUCUUUUGGCCGUGAUGGCUCCGUCGAUGGGUAUUCCAUGCCCCACGAUCAUGGAGUUUCCGAUGAGGCAAUGCAGUUGACCGAUCUCUACGCGAAGCAGACCCUAAAUCUUCCCUUCCGAUCACCGUUGGAAGAGAGCGUAGACGACCUCGACAUGCAAAACCUGGUGACCUUCGGCACGCUCGAUCCAGCGAGCUUGUCACCCGAGAGCCAUCACAUGCAGUGAUGUCGCAUAGCGAUGGAUUCAGAUGUUACUGAACGCAUCUGAUUCCCACCUCACCUUCGCGAAUGUACUUGCGGGUCGGUGAACUUGGUGCGCGCUUGUUGAGCCUUGGAAAAGGCUUCGACCGCGCUGCCCUCGACUUCACUGAUCGCUUUCGAUACUUAAUGCAAUCACAGUAUCUCUUCUCUACAUAUCUUGUUCCGAAAGCUCGACAUAUUGCAUCUUCAUCAUCCCAUACCCUUUUUCUCAACAACUUCUUCUUGGUACUCGUACUUAAUUCGACGCCAUACUCGCCUAUUACGCAGAUUGAACGACCACAAACAAGGGACCGGGAUAUUCUAAGGCGUUGCAAAAGGUCGAUGGAACGGCUUUGGUUCUUCAGAUGGACUGGCGGACUGGUGGAUCCUGCGCCCCCCGUAGGGUUGUCUGACGGUGUUUCUCUGGAGGUUGAAUCUGUCGCUGCCGUCGAGCAAAAAAACACGCUC